AUGGUCUUUGAAAAUGUUAGACAAUUUAGAUCUGCUUUACAAGACUAUGUUAUACAGAGGAGAGUUCAGUUAAAAUUAAGACCAAAUGAGAGGAAUAGGGUCAGGGCAACAUGUUUGAACUCUAGUAGAUGUAGAUGGCAUAUUUUAGGCAGUUUACAGGGCCACACAAAGAACUUCAUUGUUAGCACAUACUACCAUGUCCAUUCAUGCUUCUCAGUCACAAGGAACAAACUUGCUCACACAACUUGGAUAGUUAAACAUUACAAAUAUAAGUUCAUUAAUCAGCCUGAGAUAAAGCUCAAUAAGUUGCAAGAGUUGAUAAGGAUUAAGUAUGGUGUGUAUGUAGAAAAAACAAUAUGUGUCAGGGCUAGACAGAAGGUAAUGGGUAAUUAUUUAGGUGAUUACAAAAUGAAGUUUGCUAGGAUUUAUGAUUAUGCUGACAUGAUAAAAACUACUAACCCUAGAAGCACUGUUGUGGUGAGGACUUCAAAAGAAAUAGAACCUGGUAAAGAGGUCUUUGUGGGGAUAUAUAUUUGUUUACAUGCUUUGAAAAUAGGUUGGUUAGAAGGGUGUAGAAAUAUAAUUGGCUUUGAUGGUACAUUUCUGAAGGGAGUGUGUAAAGGUGAUCCAUUGUCAUGCAAUGCUAAGGAUGGUAAUAACCAGAUAUACCCUGUUGCAUGGGCAGUAGUUGAGAAAGAGACCAAGAAUAAUUGA